AUUUUUGUAUUUACCUAGAAAAAGUAGUGAUUCUGAUGAUUAUUCGUUUAUUGAUGAUGAAGAAUCAGAAAACGACAUUGCAGUACCUUCGAAUGGUGCAUUAAUGACUUUCAGCAUUUUUAUAAUUGCCCUUCAUGUUCCCGAACAAUCUGGAGUAAUUCAUUUUAUACAAGAACAUCAUCAGAAUAUUACAAGCAUUGUUGGAGAUUGUAGGAACAUAAUUUAUAAAAUAGAAAUUUUCAAACUUGCUGAAAACAAUAAUCAAAUUCAAUGGGAACAAAUAAGUCCUACUCAAAUAGGACAAGUUGGCAACUAUGGCAUUAAUGAGCUUUGUGAAUUUUCAAAGCUGUUUCCAACUAAUAAUAUUGCGAUUAAAGUUGACAUUAUUAUAAAAUUGAAAUUAUAUUGUGAAGAUGAUAUACCACCACCAUCAAUGUUAGCUAACAAUAAUAUUGUUGAUAAAUAUCAACUCACAAUAGAAGAAUGUUUUUUUAAUAAAAAAAUAUAUAGCGAUAUUACCUUUGUAUUUAAAGAUGGAAACAAGAUGCAUGCAUUAAAAUCAAUCUUAUCAGCAAGGUCAACAUAUUUUAACAAAAUGUUUAAUGGCAAUUGGAAAGAAAAAAAUGCAGAAGUCAUUCCAAUAGAGGGUGUAUCUUGUGAAUGUUUCACAAUAUUAAUAUAUUUCAUCUAUACCAAUAAAUUAGAUGAAAAUAUAGAAUUAGAAAUUCUAAUAGAAUUGUAUGUGGAAGCCAAUAUUAGAGAAAUAACUAAUUUGAGCAAAUUGAUUACGAAAAGGAUAAUAAAUCAAAUUGGAAACAACAACUGGGGAAGAGUAUUGUUACUUGGAUCUGCUACAAAUAAUAUUCCAUUAAAAAAUACAGCGAUAAAACAUGCUUGA